UUUUUUUCCAAAUUAAAAAACAUCAAAAUGAAUUUAAGUGAAAAUUGGUUUUACACCCAUCCCACACUACCAACUCCCAUAUCAGUGACACACGAAGUUCUCAAUAGGGGACGACAACAAGGCAACAACAAUAAAAAAUUGGCACGUAAACAGCAAGUAAAUUUUAACGUUUAUAAUUCGAAAAAAUCUGAAAAUAACGAUGAAAAUCUGGAAAAAUUGUUUCAAACAUCGUCUUACAGUCGAGAUUUUUAUGUACCUUAUCCUUUAGUGUGUCCCACGAAAUCUUCAAUUGUGGAUGAUAUAGAUCCAUUGUUUAAUCGUAAACCAGUUAAUGUAUUUCAAAUGCUGCCUUGGGCUCCGGGAAAAUUUAUGGACGAUCAUUUUUCUCGACCGACUGCUGAGAGAAAACGUAUAAAUUUCUUUAGGCAAAUGAGACAAAUAUCAUAUUUUGAUAAAACUUUUGAAUAAACCUUUUAUAAUUAUACAAUAGAAGUGUGAAAAUAAAUUAUAUUAAAAAAACAUUUCUGACCCAAAAACUAAAGCAAUAUAUUGUUUAGCACCUAAAAUUUAUCUUUCUUGCUUCCAACAAUAAGCAUAUGUUCGGUACACAUUUUACUUCAAAUUGUGACGAAUAGUUGUCAAUUUCAA